AUGCCGAAAAAGACCUCUACUCCCGUUGCCUCUACACCUACGUUGAAGAAGACCUCUUCCUCGGGCGGCCAGAGAACCCUCCUUGGAUUCUUUCAGAGAACGCCAUCUACUGGCUCUCCUGCUCCGCUGCCUGCAAAACCAACAAUAUCGGCGCCCGCUCCAGCAAGAGCUCGAACAAAGGCCGCUGGGACGACCUCCGGCUCUUCCUUGACUCCCGCUCCCAGCAGCGAUGCCCUCGACCCAGAGAACGAGGACGACCAGUGCAAGGCAAGUUCGCCUGCUUCCAAAGGUCUCCCAUCGCCAGUCUCAACUGACGAGGGGCAGACUAAUGGGGUAGAAGAGCUGAGUGCCCGUGGAACGCCGUCCCGACGGGCGAAGAAGAAGACCAUCAACUACAUCGAGUCAGACAGCGAAGGUACCGACGACGACGAUGUCUUCAAACCUACGCCUGCAGUCCGCUCAAGGCCCACAAAGCGAAGACGACUUUCGGAUAGUGCCGAUGAGGAUCUUUACGAGCAGGAGAACCAGGCAGAACAAGACGACGAUGACUUGGAUGACUUCAUUGUUGCCGACGACUCAGAAGAUGAUGUACCACGAGCUGCGAAGCGCAAACGCCCGUCUAAGCCUGUUUCUCGCAAGGCUUCCUCUCACGUCACUCCUUCCACCAUCAAUGCCGACAUUGACAUGGACAUGGCUCUGCCUGAGGGCUCAACGGCUCAACAGUGGACAUAUGAUCCUGCGAACCCUCAGCCCCUGCAACCCCGAUCCUCUAAUCUCCCCUCGAAAAAGCCCGGCGGCGAGGGAGGAAAGAAGCUAAAGGCACACAUGACAGAGCCGGAGCAACGACACGCAUGGCUCGAAGAUAUCAGAGACCUUGAUCGGAACCCUCCAGGCCAUCCAGAUUAUGAUCCUCGAACACUAUACAUACCCCCAAUGGCGUGGGCCAAGUUCUCUCCGUUUGAGAAGCAAUACUGGGAGAUCAAACAGAAGUUCUGGGACACGAUUGUGUUCUUCAAAAAGGGCAAGUUCUACGAGCUCUACGAGAAUGACGCCACCAUUGGUCAUCAGUUGUUUGAUCUGAAAUUGACUGACCGUGUCAACAUGCGGAUGGUGGGCGUCCCAGAGUCAAGCCUGGCAUUGUGGGCAAAUCAAUUUGUCGCAAAGGGCUUCAAGGUUGCCCGUGUCGAUCAGCAGGAGACGGCCUUGGGUAAGAACAUGCGUGAGCGGGAUGAGCAGUCCUCCGGGGCCGGCGCCAAGAAGGGUAAAGAGGACAAGGUGAUCAGGAGAGAGCUGGCAUGUGUUCUCACCGCGGGCACUCUUGUCGAUGGGACAAUGCUCCAGGAUGACAUGUCCACGUACUGCGUCGCUAUCAAGGAGUCCGAAAUCGACGAUCUGCCGGCAUUCGGUGUUGCGUUUGUCGACACAGCCACCGGGCAAUUCCACAUUUCACAGUUCGUCGACGAUGUCGACUUGACGAAAUUCGAGACCUUCAUCGCACAGACGCGACCACAGGAGAUUCUUCUGGAGAAGGGCGGAGUAUCCAUGAAAACAUUGCGAAUCCUUAAGAACAACACCGGCCCGACGACCAUCUGGAACUACUUGAAGCCGGGUAAAGAGUUCUGGGAAGGCCACAUCACCGCAAAGGAGAUUGACGCGAGUGAUUACUUCCCCAUGGACUGGCCAGAGGUCCUUCAACAAGCCAGAGACAAAGAUCUCCUCAUGUCUGCUCUCGGAGCUCUGAUUCAAUACCUGAGGACGCUCAACAUCGAACGAGACUUGGUCACUCUAGGCAACUUUACGUGGUACGACCCAAUCAGAAAGGCCACCAGCCUUGUACUGGACGGUCAAACCUUGAUCAAUCUGGAAGUUUUUGCGAACUCGUACGAUGGAGGAAUCGAGGGCACUCUUUUCCAACUCCUCAAUCGAUGCAUCACGCCUUUCGGCAAGCGCAUGUUCAAGCAAUGGGUCUGUCAUCCCUUGAUGGAUACCAAGAAAAUCAAUGCUCGUCUUGAUGCUGUCGACUCUCUCAACGCUGACACAAAGGUUCGGGAUCGGUUCACGUCGCAAAUGACCAAGUUGCCGGAUCUCGAACGACUGAUAUCGCGCGUGCACGCUGGCACAUGCAAGGUCCAGGAUUUCGUGAAGGUGCUCGAGGGCUUCGAACAGAUUGACCACACCAUGUCCCUUCUCGGUGAUGGGGCGGGCAAAGCACCAGACAGUGAGGGUGUCAUCGGUCAACUCAUCGCCGCCAUGCCGGACCUUCAACGACAUCUAAAAUACUGGGGCGACGCCUUUGACCGCAACAAGGCAAAAGAAACGGGCGUUCUAGUCCCCGAACGGGGCAUCGAAGACGACUUUGACAACUCUCAAGACUCGAUCGAAGCCAUCCAGGGUGAGUUUAGCUUACUUCUCCGCAAGUGGCGCAAGGAGUUGGGAUCCAGUGGCAUCUGCUACCGUGACAACGGGAAGGAAAUCAUGCAGCUAGAAGUCCCCGUGAAGGUCAAGGGCAUUCCCAAGAGCUGGGACCAGAUGUCUGCCACCAAGCAAGUCAAAAGGUACUACUUCCCGGAAUUGAGAUCGCUGGUCCGCAGACUCCAGGAGGCACAAGAAACGCACUCUCAGAUCGCCAAAGAAGUCGCGAGCCGCUUCUUUGCCCGGUUCGACGAAAACUACGAGAUCUGGCUCGCUUCCAUCCGGAUCAUCGCGCAGCUCGACUGCCUGAUCUCCCUGGCCAAGGCGAGCAGCAGUCUCGGCUACCCUAGUUGCCGUCCGGAAUUUGUUGACGACCUGACUGGUGGCCGAUCAACGCUCGAGCUUGUUGAGCUCCGUCACCCAUGCCUCCUGACCAAAGUGGAUGAUUUCAUUCCCAACGACGUCGUCCUGGGAGGCGCGAGCGCCAACCUCAGCCUGCUCACGGGGGCCAACGCAGCGGGCAAGUCAACCGUUCUACGAAUGAGCUGUAUCGCCGUGAUCAUGGCGCAAAUCGGAUGCCAUCUGCCUUGCCGAUCUGCCCGCCUGACGCCCUUUGAUCGGAUCAUGUCGCGCCUGGGGGCACAGGACCACAUCUUCGCGGCACAGUCGACCUUCUUCGUCGAACUGGCCGAGACCAAGAAGAUUUUGUCGGAGGCGACACCACGCAGUUUGGUCAUUCUCGAUGAAUUGGGUCGCGGCACAUCGUCCCAUGACGGCGUCGCGGUUGCUCAGGCGGUGCUUCAGCAUCUUGCGUCGCACGUGGGCUGUCUCGGCUUCUUUGCCACACAUUACCACUCGCUCUCUGCCGAGUUUCGGGGUCACCCAGAGAUCCAGGCGCAGCGGAUGAAAAUUCUGGUGGAUGACGAACAGCGGCGAGUCACGUUCCUGUACAAGCUAGAGCCAGGCGUCGCCGAGGGUAGUUUCGGCAUGCACUGCGCCAGCAUGUGUGGCAUUCCAGCCGGCGUCGUCGACCGCGCCGAAGAGGCCGCUCGCGAGUGGGAGUAUACGAGCCUCAUGGCCAAAAGACUCAAGGCCGACACGGGCGACGAACGCAGUGGUGGUGGAGACGGUUCUGCAGGCGAGCAACGAUCAAAGGACCAGAAUGUACCUCUCGGCAUCCUCAGUGACGUGGCGUGGAUUCUCAACGAAGAGAAGAGCGCUGAGGUCACUGAGCGCAGCAUUGACACUUUGGUCAAGUAUAUUGAAGCGUUGUGA